AUGGGGCGUAUGCAUAGUGGUGGUAAGGGUAUAUCCUCCUCGGCUUUGCCAUACAGACGAACUUCUCCUAGCUGGCUCAAGAUCUCUUCACAAGAUGUUGAUGAAAAUAUUUGCAAGUUUGCUAAGAAGGGUUUGACUCCUUCUCAGAUCGGUGUCAUUCUCCGUGAUUCUCACGGUAUUGCUCAGGUCAAGAGUGUUACCGGAAACAAAAUCCUCCGCAUUCUCAAAGCUCACGGACUUGCCCCUGAGAUUCCUGAGGAUCUAUACCAUUUGAUCAAGAAGGCAGUUUCAAUCCGCAAGCAUUUGGAGAGGAACAGGAAGGACAAGGACUCUAAGUUCAGGCUCAUUCUUGUUGAGAGUAGAAUUCACCGUCUUGCUCGCUAUUACAAGAAAACUAAGAAGCUCCCCCCUGUGUGGAAAUAUGAAUCAACAACUGCCAGCACUCUAGUUGCUUAA